AUGCCUGCCAACGGAGAGACAUCCCGUGCCCGAGACCCAUCACCCCAGUUUCGGAACUCCAGCGAGCGUGCCGUGGUUUCCCUCCGCCAGGGACAGAGACAGGCCCUGGGCUCGCCGAUAGACGAAAAAACGGCACCGGGCUUGGUUGCGGGAGCCGUCGACCAGCAGUAUCGAGAGGGGUUCUGUACCUUUGUUCAUACCAGCUUCUACAAUCAAUUUUAUGGAUAUCAAACUCGGGUCGACGUGAACUGGUUCGAUGUAGCUCGGACCUCCACUGGUAGGUCGGGCCAGUCGGUGGAUUGGGCUUUGCACAGCAUAGGGUCGUUACAAAUCGGCCGACAGCAGGGGGAUCAGAGGCAGCUGACCGCCAGUCGUGAGAUGUAUGGCCGGGCGUUGCAGCAGCUCGCACGGCAGCUCAGCAAUCCCUCUUCGGCUUUGACGGACGAGACCCUGAUGGCGGCCUGCCUCCUCGGAGUGUAUGAGUUGGUGAGUGGCACUGGCCGGCAACCGUGGCUACUGCAUUCUCAAGGCAUCUCCCAUCUCUUCCGCAUCCGGGGUCCCCAGGCACAUAUCCCGUGGGAUGGGUCGGACACUAUUAGUCUCCAUCCGGAGCUUUCUGGUGUUUGA